AUGCCGAAACCCGUCACUUUGAAAGCAAGGAAGAUACGAGCUUUUCACUUGCGAAAGAAGUCACCGCUCGGGCAAGCUGUUAGGUGGGCUGGUGGAAUCUUUCCCCCUUAUCGGCUAAAGGAUAAUAGAAAGAUAUCCCAAGCUCAGACCCUUUUUGUAAAGCAUUCCCUUAACGGAUCCUUAUUGACCACUCGAAGACUGAUGGUCGAACUGGCAUUUUUGGGGAGCCGGCUAAGGGAGUCUUCAGACUUGGUGAGAAAGACUGGGAGCCUAUCCGACAUACUCCUCACAACAAAAGAGAAAGAUCGACGGCAGAAGCGGUCUGAUGAUCCAUUGGAAGUUUCAGUUCCUGCCCUUUUCCCACUCCUCGCUCAAAAAAGGAACUACAAUGAGGAGCGCAUCCCUAGCCAAAGGCUACCGGCAGAGCCCCGGGGGGAGUCAGUGGUUCUUCCGGCAAUUGGACCGGGCUCGGGGGGGACGACAAAGAAUUGA